AUGGGUACCUAUAGAAAGCGAUUCAAUGAAAAGGCCCGUGCCGGUCAUAUGGCCAAGCUGAAGGAACUGAAAAAAGUCAGAAACAAGCAAUUUUUAAGACAUCUUGAAGAUGGAACCGAGGACAACAAUGAGCAUGAAGCGAAAGAGAUUAAAGAGAAAGAUCCAAAUGCCGAAAUUCUCGAACCAUUGAGUAAAGAAGAAAAGGAUUUGAAAAAACGUAAAUUGAAGGAGCUUUUCAUGCCGAACGACUCCAAGGUAUCGCGUGCCAAAAAAAAAAGGCUUGAGAAGUUUGUGGAACAUCAACUGAAAAGAGAAGAGAAGAAGGUUCUCAUUGAAAAACUACAAGAUUAUAAGAUAGAUACAUCGAUUUUAACAAGCUCAAAGAAAUUAGGGCAAGGGCGGCAAACAAGGAAAGAAGAGUUUGAAGAAGCACUUCAGUUGGAAAAGCAAGGUAGAAGUGACGAUCAUGUAAGGGAGAUUCUCUACGAGGAAAGAGAGCUUAAGGAUUGGCCUGAAUCAGGAAGCUCUGGUGGAGAAAAUGAAGAAGAUCAUGACAACUUAGAGGACAGUACUGAAGCGAAGCAAUCAUCAUUUAUUGACAAUAGACCCAGUAAAUUUGGUGGCUCUGGAUUUGGUUUCGGUUUCGCAAAUGCUAAAGUUGUGAAUAAGUCUGCUAAAGCAUCCAAACGCAAGUAUAAUUGGAAGCAAAGGAUAGAAAUGGAAGAACAGCGCAAACACUCCAAGGAGGAAGACCUUGACUUUGAAUCAAGCUCCGGCGAAGAAUCAGAAGGAUCCGAGAAGCAAGGAACUGAAGAAGAUUCUUUAAAUGAGAACAGCCAUUCCGCUACAAGUGACCAAAACUCAUCUGUGAAUGAAGACUAUGAGGACAUAUCUAACGAGGAACCUGAAGAUAGCAUGCGAGAUGAUGAUCACAAGAGUCAGGCACAGGAAUUCAAAGAGUGGGCGACUCAGGAAAUCAAGAAGCUUGACGGCAGCAAUCUUCCGAUGGAAACACCCACUCUCGAUUAUGAAUAUAAGCCUAUCACGAGACCGGAAGAUUUAGAAGAUGGUUUGAGCGAUAACGAUGCUCCUGUAGAUGAAAAAUCUGAAAGAAAGGCAUUUUAUGUCCCUGUAAAUAGGCCAGAGGAAAUUCAAAAAGUUAGAAUGCAACUGCCCGUUUUCGGAGAGGAACAUAGAAUCAUGGAAGCAAUCCAUCAUAAUGAUGUUCUAAUUGUUUGCGGUGAAACUGGUUCAGGUAAAACCACUCAAGUUCCCCAAUUUCUUUUUGAAUCUGGGUAUGGUCAUCCACAAUCUCCUGAAAAUCCAGGAAUGAUUGGUAUAACACAGCCUAGAAGAGUUGCAGCUGUUUCCAUGGCAAAGCGUGUAUCACAGGAAUUAGGAAAUUACGGCGAUAGAGUUGCUUAUCAAAUUCGGUUUGAUUCCACUACAAAAGAUGACACAAGAAUGAAGUUCAUGACUGAUGGUGUGUUGUUGAGAGAAAUGACAAAUGAUUUCAAGCUGAGUAAGUACUCUGCCAUCAUCAUUGAUGAGGCGCACGAAAGGAACAUCAAUACCGACAUCUUGAUCGGAAUGCUAAGUCGUUGUGUAAGCCUGAGAGCCAAAGCACAUUUAGAGAAUCCUGCUCUCAAUAAGAGAUUGAAACUGAUCAUCAUGUCUGCUACGUUACGUGUGUCUGACUUCAGUAACAAUCAAUCUUUAUUUCCCUCUCCUCCACCAGUUUUAAAAGUUGAUGCUAGGCAAUACCCAGUUUCGGUUCAUUUCAACAAGCGUACUGCCUUUGACUAUGCGGAGGAAGCGUUUAGGAAAACAUGUAAGAUUCAUCAGAGAUUACCUCGAGGCGCAAUUCUGGUAUUCUUGACCGGUCAACAGGAAAUCAAUCAUAUGGUGAAAAGACUAAGAAGAGAGUUUCCUUUUCCGAAUGGUUCAGUGACUCAGAAGGAAAUGGAUUCUUCCAUUCCAACGAUGAAGGUGAGCUCUAAGCAUGCAGACGUAGAAGCUGAAGAGGUUGAUUUUAGUGCUAAGGUUCAGGACAUAGAUGAUACUUCGGAUAUCAGCGAGUCCAGUGAAGACGACAAUGAAGAGGGUUUUGAAGAAACUUUGGAAGAUGGACAAACUAAGAAUGACCCUCUUUAUGUCUUGCCUCUCUACUCUCUCUUACCCACCAAAGAGCAACUGAAGGUCUUUCAAAAUCCGCCAGCAGGCUCGAGACUGUGUGUGGUGGCUACUAAUGUAGCGGAAACCUCUCUGACGAUUCCCAAUGUUAGAUAUGUUGUGGACUGUGGUAGAGCAAAGGAGAGAAAAUACAAUGAGAACAACGGUGUUCAGAGCUUUGAAGUAGAUUGGAUCAGUAAGGCUUCUGCUGGCCAAAGAAGUGGUCGGGCAGGUCGUACAGGUCCAGGGCACUGUUAUCGUCUGUACUCUUCAGCUGUUUACGAAAAUGAUUUUGCACAGUUUUCUCGCCCUGAAAUUUUGAGAAUGCCAGUCGAGAGUGUAGUCUUACAAAUGAAGGGCAUGGGUAUUUAUAAUAUCAUAAACUUUCCCUUUCCGACACCUCCUGAUGUUUUAUCAUUAUCCAAAGCAAUUAAACUUUUACAAUAUCUCGGUGCUCUCGACGAUGCCGAGCGCAUCACUGAUGAUGGUAAAACAAUGAGCUUUUUCCCUCUAAGCCCAAGAUUUUCAAAGAUGCUGUUAGUGGGAAAUGAACAUGGCUGUUUGCCUUAUAUUAUAACCAUUGUAAGCGCACUUUCCGUGGGAGAUCCAUUCAUCACCGAACAUGAGCUGGGGUUGGCGAGCUUUCAAGAGGACAACGAAGACGAACCAGCAAAUUCUGAUGAUGAUGAAAGAAAAAAAAAAUUGCGUUCACAGUAUUUCAAGAGCUUGGCGAAAUUCAGCAGGCUUGACAGAUACAGUGAUGUAAUGAAAUUACUAAGUGCUGUUAGUGCACUAGAUUAUGUUAAACCUGAGAAUAGACCAUCGUUCAUGGAGUCAAACUUUUUAAGGCCAAAGUUGGUUGAGGAAAUACGCAAACUGAGACAGCAACUUUUGUAUAUCGUUAAAUCCAAUACUUCUGUCGAAAAUAUUGCUGUUACUGUGAAUGAAGGUGAUCUAAAGUGCGGAGUGCCAAGUGAAGCCCAAGUGAAGCUACUUAAACAAAUGGUCUGUGCAGGGUUUAUCGACCAAGUUGCUAUUAGAGCAGACUAUCUUCACCCUGAUACCGCAAAGCUUUCUAACCGAAUGGCUAUAAUGAAUAUACCAUAUGUUCCUGUACUUUCACAAAAAACAAAUGACAUUGAAGACUGUUAUGUGUAUAUUCAUCCAAACUCUAUUUUGAGUACAGCUGGGGAGGAGCCUCCAAAGUAUCUUGUUUUUCAAGCACUACAAUUGAAUAAAAACAAAGAGACGUCAAAGACAAGAAUGAAAACUCUUUGUGACAUCAAAAGCACUCCUCUGGCGAAUAUUGCACGGAAAGGGUCUCUGAUCACUUACAGUAAGCCUCUCUCUGGCAAAGGUGUAAAACCAAUUGACAUCUCAAGCACAGAAAGAUACUGUUACGUGAUACCGAGAUUUGGUGCUUCGGUUGACAGUGAUCUGAAAGUGGGAUGGGACCUUAACCCAAUUGCUGUUCAUCAGAAGAAAGACCAUGGAAAAUGGGCAGUCAUCAAAUUUAUAACUUCUAAGAAUUACAGAACGCUUGAUGCUGGAAAGAACUAG